AUGAUGCUGGACCAGGUGUUUACCCAGUCCUCGACGUUAUCUAGUGUAACUCAGCCAGCAGUAGUCGUUGAUAAUGAACAAUCGGCUAGUCAGCUUACCACUGUUGUUUUGUUUCAAGAUAGUUCAGAUACAAGUAGCAGCUCGAACACGGGAUUGACAACCACAAUAAUAAUAAAUCAUAGUACUCAGAGUACUACGAUGUUUGACGGUGUGUUUGGCGACUCAUCAGCUUUUAUAUCUACAACAAUAUCAACUGUUAUUCAAACAUCAGUGGUCGAUGAUACUGACGAAUUUAUAAGCCAGAUAAGCACUCCUUCUUCGUUUCUAGAUUAUUUCAGCACUAAUACCACUUCGGACUUGCCAUUCACCACGACAAUCAAAAUUCAAGACUAUACUGCGAGUGCUAUGAUAUUUGACGAUAUGUCUGGCGAGUCAUCGACAUUCUCAACUGUUACUCAGACAUCCGUGGUCUUUGAUACCGAACAAUCGGCUAGUCAGUUUACCACUGCUGUUUUGUUUCAAGAUAGUUCAGAUACAAGUAGCAGCUCGAACUCGCCAUUGACAACCCCAAUCACAAUUCAAGAGUCUACCUCGAGUACUAUGAUGUUUGACGAUAUGUCUGGCGACUCAUCGACAUUCUCAACUGUUACUCAGACAUCAGUUUUCUUUGAUACCGAACAACCGGCUAGUCAGCUUACCACUGCGGUUUUGUUUCAAGAUACUUCAGGUACAAGCAGUAACUCGAACACGCGAUUGACAACCACAAUAAUAAUAAAUGAUAGUACCGAGAGCACUGCGAUGUCUGACGGUGUUUUUGGUCGGUCAUCGACAUUUCUAGCUUAUUUCACCACUGUUACUACUUCCGGCUUGCUUUUGGCAAGCGCAGUCACUAAUCAAGAUACUACUGCGGGUAGUGUGAUGCCGGACCAGGUGUUUAGACAGUCGUCGACGUUAUCCAGUGUAGCUGAGACAGCACUAGUGGUUGAUACGGAGCAAUCUACUAGUCACCUUACCACUGCUGUUUUGUGUCAAGAUGGUUCGGACACUAGUAGCAGCUCGAACACGGGAUUGACAACCACAAUAAUAAUAAAUGACAGUACUGAGAGUACUGCGAUGUUUGACGGUGUUUUUGGCGGGUCAUCGAGAAUAUCAACUGUUACGCAGACAUCAGUGGUCGAUGAUACUGACGAAUUUAUAAGCCAGAUAAGCACUGCUUCCUCGUUUCUAGAUUAUUUCACCACUGGUACAACUUCCGCCUUGAUUUUGACAACAGCAAUUACCGAAUUAGCUGCUAGUCAGCUUACAGUUUUGUUUCAAGAUGGUACAGAUACAAGUAGCAGCUCGAACUCGCCAUUGACAACCGCAAUCACAAUUCAAGAGUCUACCUCGAGUACUAUGAUGUUUGACGAUAUGUCUGGCGAGUCAACGACAUUCUCAGCUGUUACUCAGACAUCCGUGGUCUUUGAUACCGAACAAGCUGCUAGUCAGCGUACUGUUUUGUUUCAAGAUGGUACAGAUACAAGUAGCAGUUUGGACACGGCAGUAUCAACUAUAGUAAUAACUGAAGAUAGCACUGAGAGUAAUGUGAUCGUUGACACGGAUGAUGUAGUAUCUAGCAGUCCUCCGUUAGUAACCAGCACACCAAUCAUGGAACCGAGAUGUCACAAGUUAUUUUUCACAAUUGGACCGACCUCGACACCAUCACAUUUCGUUCGUAUGGCGACACUAUAUAUCCGAAUUUCGAUCUCCAAUCAUACAACGAAACGCAGUUUGCCAUUGAUAAUUUAUGUAUCACACUGUAAUUUCACAACAGUGGAUGAAACAACACUAAAGGAUUCAACUACACUACACUCAAGUGUUUCAGAGACAAGUAGCAGCUCGAAGUCGCCAUUGACAACCGCAAUCACAAUUCAAGAACAUACUUCGAGUACUAUGAUGUUUGACGAUAUGUCUGGCGAGUCAUCGACAUUCGCAACUGUUACUCACACAUCAGUGGUCCUUAAUACCGACAAAGUUAUAAGCCAGGUCACCACGUCGUUUCAAGACGAUUCAGCCACAAGCAAGAGCGCUAACCCACCACUGACAACUGCAACAAUAAAUCAUGAGAGUAUCGCGACGGUUGACGAGUCGUUCGCAUUAAGUGUCACUCAGACAACGUCAUUGACGACCCGCACGAUAAUUCAGGUUAGCACUUUGAGUACUACGACCUUCGGCACAAAUCCCGAAGCUUCUACGAGUGCCCUGUUAACAAUCUCGACAUCUACCAGUAUCCGUGUAACAACCACGACAUCUACCAGUACCCCCGUAACAACCAGGGCAUCUACCAGUACCCGGGUAACAACCACCACAGCAAUCAGUGAGUUAAAUGUUCGUCAGGAGGGGGAGAUGAGGAUUUUAUUAGGUUGCAUCUAUGUCAGCAGUCCAGUUUCGAUGACAUUAAUGAUGCGGGGUUGGUGUUAA